UUCUGCCCCGGUUUUCAGCCGAUAGAGCUCACAACUCCUCCUUGUUUCGCAGCUGGUCAUGCAGAACCAGGUAAUCAAGCAAACCCCGCGACGACAAAUCCCCUCAUUCGAAAUCGGCUCACAAAGGACUCCAGGUCCACUCGUGUCCAUUGCACAGGUGAAGGGGCACCUCCGCCUCCUCAGAGCGUUCCAUAACCUGAGGGUUAUAGUAGAAGAAUGCAAGGACCGCAGAAUUCCUACCUUUGCAGCACAAAUGGAUAGAGAUAGCCGGUGGAUGUGGUUUAUUACCCUGGCUAUUGACAGAUUUGAGCGAUGGGUCAAAUCUCUGACAUUCGUACCUCUUGAGAAAUUCAUCAACAAACAGUUCCCACCCAUCGACGUGUGGAUGGUUUGGCAUGCCUAUCUAUUGAAUCCAUGUUGGUACGAAGAAGACUGUGAACGUCUCCUCAUUCUUCAACAGCUCCGCCUCCUCAACGUGUUCGUCGUUUCUUCUAUCGAUGUUGGAAAGCUUGCAAGGAAUCAGCCAUCUGCCUCGCGGGUUGCUGCAUGGCACAAACAAACUGGGUCAUUCUUCGAUCCAUUUGAUGCCAUGGAAGAGUUAACUCAUAAACAAAUGGAGUGUCCUCGGUGUCGGACACGUGUCUUUGUUCCGUUUGUCAACGAUAACGGAACCGGGUACUCCGAACAGCAGUUUAGUGCUAUGUGUCCUCUCCCAGGAUGUAGACUGAAGAUCUCAAAAGGGAAUCUAGCCGUGGCGAAGUUCGUACGAGAUCUGACAGAGUCAGAGGAUGGGAGCGAAAAUUUUAUGGCUGGAAGUCUAUUCUUUGGCAACGGAAAGCGAGAUCCUCAACGGGCGAAGGCAAUCAAAGAUCAACUAACUCAGUCAUCACAGUUUUGUCGUAAGAGUCCUCGGUCUUCUAACCAGCGUAUUGCUCGACUGGACUGGGAGAAAGAAAUCAAGGAAAGCAUUGGUUAUUCCUGGCCACUGUUAAAAGACGCCAUAGCGAUAGCCCUCAGAGACCAGCCAGAGGCGACGAGGACCAGAAUUUUGAGUGCAUAUGAAGACGACAGUCCGUUUUCUAUCAACCUCAUUUCUGCGGUGCUGCGACAAGGGAUAUUUACCAAAAGGAUUGACGAAUUAGGCUGGCUUAAACCUGGCACAUUCAAGGAAGGUGAUAAGUCGCAACUCCUGCAACAUGCUCUGCUGCGUUAUCACUGUUUCCUCGAUUUAGCAGCAACCUCUCCGAAUUUGAUGUCUGUCCCUACACUUGACAUUGACCUGAUUUGGCACAGUCAUCAGCUGAUGGGUGGCAGGUACGGUGUUGAUUGUGAUAUAUACAUAGGCCGUCGUGUUGACCAUCCACUCACCACAGAAGAAGCUAUUCUUUCAAGAGCCCUUGAUGAUACAUGUCGUGCAUGGCAGUCGCGGUUUCACACCCCAUACAUGCAGUGCGGUUGCCCUGCACCAGACAAAACUGUAUUUGAGAGGCUCAUGCGCAUCCUCCGACAGUACACGGGAACCCGAAUGCGUCUUCAAGCCUCCCUCCACCCUGACCAUCUACCUGCCACGCAUCCUAGUCUUCACAAUGCUGUUCUCGACCCAGAACGUGGAGCCUUUGGAUCUUUUGGCAAACCAGCUCAUCCGCAACGAGACGAGAAAGAUCUUGUCAGACUCUCUCGUCCUUUGGGGGUUUGGAAGAAGCGCCCGAGAAAGACCGAUCCGGAACCUCCACCGCAGUUGGAGGAGGGCUUUGUUUCUGAGAAGAUGACUGAGGAACCUGUAUCCCUUGGUCCCGCACCUCCAUAUGUCGGCUAUGAGUCGGACGCUCGUCGUAUGGAUACUCGUCAUAUGCAUGUCAUUUGACACAUAUUUAUGAUCCGAAUUAUCACUUGGAUGAUUUACGCAGCUGUCGAUGCUUUAUGUAAAUACUCAUCUGUUCACCGGUCCUCUGAUGUCUGUAACUGACCAUGCAAAACUAUCUUUUACCCGGGACAAAGAAUGAGAAAGCACAAUAAAUGUC